AUGAAGACGCAAAGUAACAAGAGGAACCGGGACAAAUAUUGCGAGUUCCACAAGGACCACAUCCAUGAUACAGAGAACUAUUUUGACCUGUGCAAUCAUAUCGAAGAUCUAAUUAGGUGUGAUUAUCUCAGCGGCUUCAUAGACAGAAAGGACAAGUCGGCCCAAGAGGAACGAAGAGCGGACGAAGCUUGGCAACCCCCACCCCAAGGCCCCCCAGCUGGCGUCAUCCAUGUGAUAUCGAGAGGAACUGCCUACGAAGGGGAAAGCAGCUCGGGACGGAAAAGAUAUGCUCGACGGUGCGAGAUCAACGACCGAGGUCACGGGAGGAGGUGCGACACAUCUAUCACCUUCACUGACGACGACCUCCGAGGGGUUCAAACACCGCACGACGACGCCUUGGUCAUAACAGACAAAGUGGCCGACUUUGAGCUGCAGCGGAUCCUAAUCGACACAGGGAGUUCUGCCAAUGUAUUGUUUGAAGAUGCAUUCGAAAAGCUCAGCAUUGACACAGAACGACUUACACCAGUUAGCACUCCCUUGAUGGAUUUUUGGGAGAGUCCCUCCAGUCCACUGGGAGGAUAA